AUGCUUUUGGAGAAAUGGUUUCACAAAGACCUCAAACAUAUUCUCUCAACCUGCACAGACAUAGCCUCCAUCUCCAAAACCCACGCCCUUUUGAUCACCACAGGAGCUUUCUGCAGCGGAAUUUCCUCUGCCCGACUCAUAGCCUCGUACGUACGAACAGGCAACAUAAGCCUCGCGCGCAAGCUGUUCGACACAUUGCCAAAAAGAGGCAUAGACUCUUGGAACGCGAUUCUAAUAGGCUACUCACGCGGGAAUCACCCGCGCCAAGUCAUAAACAUGUACCAGUCGAUGCUCUUGGAGAAAGUCAAGCCCGACAGCUCAACUUUCACGGUGGCCAUCAAAGCCUGCACGACCUCCUUGGACCUGCAGUCAGGCGAGAAAAUCUGGGAAAAUGCAGUGGAAUCCGGAUAUGGGAGUGAUCUUUUCGUAGGGUCAUCCAUCCUGAAUUUGUACACAAAGUGCGGGAAAAUGGGUGAGGCCGUGAGUGUAUUUGAUAAGAUGAGUAGACGGGAUGUGGUCUCGUGGGGCACCAUGAUCACAGGAUUUGCUAAAAGUGGGAUGGCAGAAGAGGCAAUUGACUUUUACAGGAAAAUGCGGGAAGAGGGAUUGGAAGGUGAUGGUGUUGUAAUUUUGGCCCUUAUACAAGCUUGCGCAAAUGUUGAGGACCCAAAAGUGGCAUAUUCUUUGCAUGCUUAUUUGAUUAGAAAAUGUAUUCCAAUGGAUGUUGUGUUGCAGACUAGUCUUAUGGAUAUGUAUGCCAAGAACGGGAAAAUGGGUGGUGCGUGUAGUCUUUUCCGGGCUAUGAGUCACAAAAAUGCUGUUUCUUGGAGCACUUUGAUUUCAGGGUAUGCGAAAAAUGGAUACGCGAGAAAGGCAUUGGAGUUGUUUAAUGAGAUGAAGACACUCGGCUUUGACCCUGAUGUGGUUUCGCUCGUGAGUGCACUUUUAGCUUGUUCUCAACUAGGGUUCCUGUUAAUGGGCCGGGAAAUACACGGAUACGCGGCCCGGAGAUUUGACGUGAGUCGAGAUCAUGUAUUGAGCACUGCAAUCAUAGACAUGUACGCCAAAUGCGGGCUAUUGCCUCUUGCAAAUACACUAUUUGAAAAAAUGAGCUCCAAGGAUAUUAUAGUGUGGAAUAUAAUGAUUGCGAGUAAUGGUAUUCAUGGGCAAGGAGAGAAGGCACUCUCGAUUUUCCACCGGAUGAUGGAGACGGGUGCAAAACCUGAUCACGUGACAUUUGCAUCCCUUCUCUCGGCAAUGAGUCAUUCGGGUUUGGUGGAUGAGGGCCGAAAGUGGUUUGAUGCCAUGAUAAAUGAGUACAAAAUCCAGCCCAUGGAAAAACAUUAUGUUAGCUUGAUCGAUGUUUUGGCUCGAUCAGGACGAGUCGAGGAGGCCCGCGAUGUAAUUAGUUUGAUGGACUGUGGGCCCAAGAUGAGCAUCUGUGUGGCACUCCUCUCAGGUUGCAUUAACCACAAGAAGUUUGAUAUAGGGGAAAUAGUGGCGAACAAGGUUCUUGAACUAAAACCGGAUUGUCCCGGGAUUUACACUCUGGUGUCAAAUUUUUUCGCAACGGCCAAAAGGUGGGAUGGGGUUGCUAUGGUGAGGAAGGCGAUGAAAAGGGGAGGGGUGAAGAAAAUCCCAGGGUACAGCGCGAUUGAGGUUAAAGGGAAGGUGCAUGCUUUUGUUGCUGACGAUACAAGUCACCCGUGGUACAAGGGCAUAAUAGGUACUUUGGAAGAGAUGGAGGUUAAGAUGAGGGAUUUGGGUUAUGCCCCGAGGACUGAGUUUGUGUUGCAUGAUGUAGGGGACGAUGUGAAGGUUCGGAUGCUGCGGAAUCAUAGUGAGAGGUUAGCUAUUGGUUUCGGGAUCCUGAGCACGAGGCCGGGGAUGAGAUUGAUAAUUACCAAGAACCUCAGAGUGUGUGGGGAUUGUCAUGAGGCGAUCAAGUUUAUGAGCGUGGUGGCCGAGAGGGAGAUACUGGUGAGGGACGUCAAGCGGUUUCAUCAUUUUAAGGACGGUAACUGCUCAUGCGCUGACUACUGGUAG